ACACGCAGCAGAGCACGGCAGCUUUGGGCACUGGACACGUUGCUUAGGAGUCUUGAUACACUGUAGGUCAGCUGGAUUGAACUCUGGUGUGGAAGGCUGGCACUCAGCUCCUUUAUGACCUAGCGUUGGUGAAACCAAUAUUCCACCGGUGUGUUCUGCAAGCGGAGAAGCUAAUAAAAUAAAAACAAACAAAAAAAAAAACCCACUUCCUCCUGAAAAACGCAGGUGUACAUUUCCCAUUUUUACAUGUCAGUACACGUUUUGCCAGGAUUGCACAGGAUUAUUUAGAACAGUCUCUUUAACUUGAAUUCAGGUGCAGCGCGCAUGUUUUGGACUGAGGUUGUUAACGUUAUUUUACUGUUCACAUGAGUUUUUUACCGUCCUGGAAAAGGAGUCUGAAGAGAAAUGAAGGCAAGACUAGGUCAUCAAGCUGCCGUGAAAUCCAGGGCUGCCGUGAAGACCAGGAGGAGCACAGGUCUCAGAGGUCUGACCUGCGGAUUGAACUCGAUGACUGCACAGCUGCCCUUGACCUGUUCCUGAGCAACAAGUUUGCAGAGGCGCUGGCUCAUCUGCAGUCCAGAAACAAGGACAGUAUGUACCAUGCCCUCACCUACGCCACAAUCCUGGAGAUGCAGGCUAUGAUGACCUUUGACCCUCUGGAUAUAUUGGCAGCAGGGAACACAAUGAAAGAUGCUCAGACAGUGUGCCAGAGGUUCCGGAGGAAGUCCACUGUGGCAGGUUCCUUUAACAGUCUAAUCAACAGGCAGGCUGGGGAGCAGUUUACAGAAGAGGAAAUUCAUGCUGAGGUGUGCUAUGCAGAGUGCCUGCUACAGAGGGCAGCCCUUACUUUUCUCCAGGAUGAAAACAUGAUAAGUUUCAUCAGAGGAGGAAUCAAAGUGCGGAGCAGUUACCAAACCUACAAAGAGCUCCACAGCAUUGUGCAGUCAGCCCAGUACACUCGAGGGGUCAGUCACAGUCAUUUCGAGGGGGGCGUGAAGCUUGGGAUGGGAGCCUUUAACCUGACGCUAUCCCUGCUACCCACAAGGAUACUUCGGCUUCUGGAGUUUGUUGGCUUUUCUGGCAACAAGGAGUACGGUCUGCAGCAGCUUCAGGAAGGGGCGUCCACACAGAGCCUCAGGGCCUUCUUGUGCACCAUGCUACUGCUCUGCUACCACACCUUCAUGAGCUUCGUACUAGGGACAGGAGAAGGGGAUGUGGGAGAUGCAGAGGCACUCCUGCAACCCUAUCUGAAGCGAUAUCCCAAGGGUGCUAUCUUCCUGUUUUUCGCUGGCCGAAUAGAGGAAAUCAAAGGCAACCUGGAUGCAGCUAUUGCCCGCUUUGAGGAGUGCUGCGCGGCCCAGCAGCACUGGAAGCAGUUCCAUCACAUGUGUUUCUGGGAGUUGAUGUGGUGCUUCACCUACAAGCGUCAAUGGAAGAUGGCCUACUUCUACGCAGACCUGCUCUGCAAAGAGAACUCCUGGUCCAAGGCUACCUAUGCUUACAUGAAAGCUGCCUACCUCAGCAUGUUCACUGAAGAGGACUGCAGGCCCUUUGGGGAGGAUGAGGUGGAAAUCUUCAGACAAGUGCCGGGGAUGAAACAGAAGAUAGCCGGGAAGUCGCUGCCGACGGAGAAGUUUGCAAUCCGCAAAGCGAGGCGAUACCUCUCCCCCAACCCCCUCCCUCUGCCAGUGGCGCCUCUGGAAAUGAUGUACAUUUGGAACGGGUAUGCAGUCAUAGGGAAGCACAGGGACCUGACUGAGGGAAUGCUGGACACACUGAACCAGGCGCAGAGGACCCUGGAGCAAGCGCCUGUGACGGAGCACACAGUAGAUGACCAGUGUCUGGUGAGCUUUCUGAAAGGACUCUGUCUGAAGCACCUGGAGUGUCAUGAAGAGGCAGAGCAGUAUUUCAACCUCAUCCACAUAAAUGAAACUCAAAUUAAAUACGAUCACUAUUUAGUGCCAAAUGCCUUGCUAGAACACGGUCUGCUUUGCAUGGAGCUGGGAAGAAAAGAAGAGGGGGUGAAAUACCUGGAAACUGCAAAGCACAAUUACAAGAAUUACUCCAUGGAGUCCAGGACACAUUUCCGAAUCCAGGCUGCACUGCACAGCGCCAAGUCAGCAGCAGAAAAUGGAGACUCUGUUCCUUAACCAUGGCUCCGGAGCAGGGUUUGAGACUAAGCCCAGCCCGGCCCGGCCCGAGAGGAGCAGGGAACACCACAGGGUUUGGAGCUGAGCACAGCAUUGCUCCAGUCGGGAUCAGGCAGCCUGGUGUGCUCUGAGCCCAUUGCAAGACCUGCUCCUAGAAGUGUUAAGCACCCUGCAUGUUUCAACCCCAAUUACUGAUUUCCUCCAGGUUCGUGGUAAUAAAUCUCCUUAUCUUUUUAGUUUUUAUAUUAAACGCACGUUUGUGUGAAAACAAACCUUGACUGCUAUAUAUGGUCAGCUGGGUUUCCACAAGAUACCCGCCCUUACUCUCCUAAGUACAAAUCAAAAACACUCUAAAAGGGAAAUUAAGUUUCGCCACAAUAUUCAAUUUUCUGUGGUUGGAGUUCUAAUGUAUUCCUAUUGAUUUUUCUUUUUAAAUGUAUUUAUUUUUUAAAAGUGAUCACAAUGUUUUAUGACAGCACUGUGUAAUACAAUUUUUUUUUUUUUUGUUCCUGGGUAGUAAGUGUUAUUUCCUAAUUGCUUAUGCCUCAAAAGUAUAG